GUAUCCAUUAAAAACAAAUCUACAUUUGUAACUCUCCAUGGGGGUACAUUAGUUUGUAUACAUGUAUCUGACACCACUCUGUUGUAGCUUAAUGGAGCCAGUCUAUGUUGAUACAUUCUUACACGUUUUGUUGUCGGAACUAAGUUACGAUACUGUGUGGCAUUGGAGGAUACAUUCUCGGCGACACAGUUACGCACAUCCGUGAGCAACGAAAUUACACGUCAGAUGAAUGAGAGCUGCUAGUGGGAUCGGCUUGUGUGCAUCAAAGGGGGUUCUUACUUUGCUUAUUGAGUGAUAAAAAAGGAAUCAUGUCCAACUCUGUGUUCUCCGUUAUAUCACGGUUCCUGGAGGAAUACACUACAACAACGCCGAUCAAACUGAAGCUGGUUGACGCGUACCUGCUGUACAUUCUGCUAACAGGAGCGUUCCAGUUCCUGUACUGUCUCCUGGUCGGCACAUUCCCAUUCAACAGCUUUUUGUCAGGAUUCAUCUCGUGUGUCGGAUCCUUCAUUCUUGGAGUGUGUCUCCGCAUCCAGAUCAACCCACAGAAUAAAGGUGAUUUCCUGACUGUCUCCCCGGAGCGUGCUUUCGCUGACUUCCUGUUCGCGCACACAGUCCUGCAUCUGGUGGUGAUGAACUUCAUUGGAUGAAUGGCUCGUGCAGUGUUCACCUGUGCUGAUCAAAUGCCUACACUACAGCCUUACUGAAAGCCCGCCAGAGACGAGGAAACUUGGUUUGGUGACAACUUAAACCUGCAAACAAACAUGGUAUACUGUGUAGUUGCAUUGAUCAGCAUCUCUGAACUCACCAUGUUUGGUUUCAAUAACAGCUGGAAAAAGAAAUUGCGCAUCCAACAGUUGUGAUUUUGUUUUUGUUUUGUUUUGUUUUCUCUUUUUGUUACCAAGAUUUAUACAACUUUUCUAUUGUGUUGGCACUGAAAUAAAAAUUGAGUCAACUUCAA